CAACGACACGGCACCAUGGCUUUCCUUUCGCUCCCCGGUGAGCUCCGGAACAAGAUUUAUGAUGAGGCCCUCUUCCCCAAUCACGAAUACCUCGUCAUCAUCAAUUGCUCCCAACCCCGCGACAUCGUCUGCUCGGUGCUCUCCUCGCCUGUCUUCCGCAUCUCGCGCAGAAUUCGCGCCGAAGCCCUCGCUCGCCUCUGCAGCACAAAGCGGAUUGAAAUUCUCGAUGUCUCUUCUGCGAACACAUUCCUCGACUACAUCAGCAGCACCGGCCAAGACAACAUCACCAACAUCGUGAUCGGUCUCAAGAACGUCGAGCAAAUGGCGAGCUCACAUGCAGAUAUCUUCUUCGCCAACCUCGCAAAGCUGAAGGCGCUCAAGAGCUUGAAGAUGGAGGUUGGAAGCUCUGUUUUGAAGCUACCUAUUCGAGAUGUCCAGCCUACCGGCGAUCUUCCCGAUUGGGAUUUCUUCGCGAAGAUGGAGAAGUUUGCGAAGACGAGGGGCGACGUCGAAGUAUCUUGGGCGACGUGGGCAACUGGGAUGGACUGGCCGUGGUUGAUGUUCAUGGCGCAACGGAGGCGCUUGGAGAGGAUGUUUGGGAAAGAGAAGAGGGAAUCGGGCGUGCAGGGGCUGGUGGGGCGGCGUUUUGGUUAGGCUGUUGAAGACAUGCUCGGUGUAUUCCUUUGUAAAAAGCUCUUCUUUCUUGAAGAUCUUGAGAGCGUCACCGUGCUAAUUCGGCGGAUGGCGAAUCAUGACGGUACUUCUAUCCCUCCCCUGCGAGCCGUACUUUGACAGAUCGAAUAUCUCCUCGUGAACCCCAUUGAAACCCAAGCUUGCAUA